AGAACCGCCAGGCGCCGCUCCCGUCACGUUUAUCUGUCUGUUCACCCCUUCAAAUAAUGUUAUCCAUGUUCUCCACGGCUCUAAUUCAUUCAUCAUCUCCUAUAUCUACGGCUUUGGAUUAAUUCUCCAGUCGACAGUUUCGCCAUGGCAACGGUGGUGAUGGAACAGAUCGGUCGCCUGUUUAUCAACGUGCAGCAGCUGCGACAGAUCCCUCAGCUGCUGGAGUCGGCCUUUCCAACCCUGCCUUGCACCGUAAAGCUGUCUGAUGUUCCCUGGGUGUUCCGCGAGCGCCACAUCCACACGGGUUACAGACAGCCGGACCUAAGCUGGCGUUACUACUUUCUCACCCUCUUCCAAAGGCACAACGAGACCCUCAAUGUGUGGACCCAUCUGUUGGCUGCCCUCAUCAUUUUGGUGAAGUGGCAGGAGAUCUCAGAGACGGUGGAUUUUUUGCGCGAUCCUCAUGCCCAGCCCCUCUUCAUCGUGCUCCUGGCAGCUUUCACCUACCUCUCCUUCAGUGCUCUCGCUCAUCUCCUGUCUGCCAAGUCAGAGCUCUCCUACUACACCUUCUACUUCCUCGACUACGUGGGGGUUGCUGUCUACCAGUAUGGGAGCGCUCUGGCACACUACUACUACGCCAUAGAGAAAGAGUUGCACACUUCUGUGCAAGGGUUCUUUUUGCCCGCUGCGGCGUUCCUGGCUUGGCUCACUUGCUUCGGCUGCUGCUAUGGCAAAUAUGCCAGUCCCGAGCUGCCCAAGUUAGUCCUCAAGCUCUUUCAAGUGGUGCCCUCGGCCCUGGCUUACUGCUUAGACAUAAGCCCUGUGGUCCAUCGCAUUUACAGCUGCUACCAAGAGGGCUGCUCCGACCCGAUUGUGACGUACCACUUCUACCACGUGCUCUUUUUCUUAAUCGGCGCCUAUUUCUUUUGCUGCCCCCACCCAGAGAGUUUGUUCCCUGGGAAGUGUGACUUCAUCGGGCAGGGCCACCAGAUCUUUCACGUGUUUGUGGUGGUGUGCACCCUGGUGCAGAUCGAAGCGCUGCGAACAGACUUCACAGUGCGCCGCACCUUCUACGAGCGCCUUCACGGGGAUCUUGCGCACGACGCCGUCGCGCUCUUCAUCUUCACUGCCUGCUGCAGCGCUCUCACUGCGUUUUAUGUGCGCAAGCGCGUGCGUGCCUCUCUCCAUGAGAAGGAGGAGUGAGAACGAUUUAUUAACUUUACUCCAUGGUGACUGUUUUAAAAUAACGUAAAUGUUUUUUGUCAAUGAAAGUUAUCAGCUUGUGAUAGUGACUUAUGAUUAUUUCUUCUCUGUGAUCUGCCAAACAACAGUGAACUAAAUAGUGACUGAGGGUGUUUUGUUGUGACUUAACAAAGGGGGGAAAAAGGGGAUCUUGCGGCUGAUUUGUAGCAAUGCAGACCCUGCAACAAGCCCUUACGUCGUUACUUCUCUUUAUUUAUUAGUUUGUUUUAAACGGUCUGAAGGAACGUUUCACUUCAUGAAAGAAAAACAGUCUGUGCACAGAUUAGCAGAAAAAUUAAGAGGCUAGUUCCUUCAAAUGCCUUGGUAAUUGUGUCUGGAAUAAACUGACUGUCUUAAUCAAAUUGUAGCAUUUCAAAUCAAACAGUUAAUAUGUGUAGUCCCUCAUGCUAACUGCUAACUCCUGUUAAGUUUUACAGUGGUGCUUUUCUGGAUGUACCUUUCUGGCAUAUAAUGUUUUCUUUUUGUUCCUUUAGCUUUAGGUUAGGUUUCAGUAUCAAAGCAGGGAUUAUUUUUUUUUUUCAUUUCCCAAGGGACUAACAAAUGUUUAAUCAUUCAAAGGAGGUCAAAACCCAAUUUGAAAACCAAAUAUUUUGCCUCCUUAUGAAAAACAGACAUUUUUCUUUCUGUUGAAAACAGGUCUGGCACCUUACACUGGUUAAAAGAUGGGUGGAAGAUUACUGAUGUCUCUUUAUUGUUGUGACAAUGUUAAUAUUUUUUUGUUUUAAAUUAUUUUUAAUUCAAAGGGCUGGAUCUUCAGCUUUUGCCUUUUCACAUCCCAUGACGUCGGUGCUUUGCGUGAACCAUUGUCACUGUCAUAAUGAUCAGAUUAAAAAAAAAAAAAUAACCGUGUCUGACCUGCUUUUAGUAAGUUUAUUUUUUUUGUAUGAUGAAUAUAUAUGUGCCUCUAUGCAUGUCUUUUGGUAUAUACUGUGGAUAAUGUGUGUGAAUGUCUAUGAAUGCUUAGCCUUGCACUUCUUUCUUACUCUGUAAAUAGUUUCAUUUCUCUUGAAAUUUUCUUUGCAUCCCAUUUUCUCCCCACCUAAUAGCAUUCAGUAUUGAAUGCACAAUAUUGUUCUGGUGGAAUACAGCACAUUACUGUUUUGCUGCAUCCUUUCGGAGUGUGUUUUGUCCUCCUGCCCAUCAGAACUCUAAUGGGUAUGAAUAUUGUAAUUUCAUACUGCCGCUGGUUGAUCUCUUUGGUUAAUGGCAAUUCUUAUAAGAAUAUCACACAAAUGUGGCUUCUGUGAUAACGCCGCUUGGAUUUUUAUCUCGCAAAAUCUCAAAUGCCAGAAAUGAUCUAUAUUAAUGACUGCACUCCUUGUUCGUGAUGGUGCUUUAAUGUGCCAGUGAAUCUGUUAUUGCUUCAGGGAUGGCUUUACUGAAAGACAGAAUGCAAGACAUCGAUUUGAGUGGAGAUUUAACCAUAAUUCCCCUUAUCAUAAAACUUCUAGCUCAUCAUGCACUGUCUGAAUCCACACUGUAUAUAACAAGGAUACUCUGUCACAGACUAUCUAUGUUGUAUGCUGAUUAAACCUGAGAUCUUAACUAGAAUAAGGCCAGGACUUCGUGUAAGUGUGUGCGUGUGUGUGUGCGCACACAUGCGUGCGUGUAUACAAAUAUAGACUCUGAUACUACUGAAGGUUCCCCUUUAUCCCUUUCAGAAAAGCAGGGUGAGAGGGAUGAGAAUGUCUUCUGCCUCUAAAAAAAUAUGUGUAACUGACUGUACUAAUAUUAUGUUGUAUUCAAGAAAAUAAAGUGUUACAGUAACUUCA